CUUUCGAUACAAAUAUAGGAAGUUGGUUUUCAUUUACAAAGAUCAUGGGUUCUUUCUCCACUGUCUGCUUCUAUUUUCUUCCUCUUUAUGCAAAUCUAACAAGUGGGUCUUGUUUAUUGUUAGCUGUAUUUGUGUGUUUGUUGGGCCUUUUCGAGUAGAAUUCAUUUGUUCAAUUGAUUUUGGCAAUCGGUUCGAAGUAAAUUCUGUUUUGAGGUUGUGCUUAAAAAAGAUUUCUUGAUUUUGAUAGGCAUUCUUUUCGAUCCAAUUCUCAUUUCAAACGCCAAUUCCGAAUCUGUCGAGACAUUAUCAGAUUGAUAGGACUUGUUCUUCAACUCGUGAUCUUAAGAUCUAGAACUUCGUUUUGUUUGUAAACAUGAGUGAAUGUUUUGUGGCAGAAAAUAGUAUUUGUUCUGCAAUGGCUGAAACUGAGGUGGCUGCUCUAAAAGAAGCCCUUCGAGCCCAACAUCACAUUUUGCCAAAACUCGAUGUUGAUCUAGAAGAGGAGAGAGAAGCUUCCGCAACGGCGGCAAGUGAAGCACUAUCCAUGAUCUUGCGCCUGCAGGAAGAGAAGGCCGCGGAGAAGAUGGAAGCGUGCCAAUACAAGAGAAUGGCAGAGGAAAAGUUGAGACACGUUGAGGAAUCUUUGGCAGUUUUUGAAGAAAUCAUGCUUAGGAAGGAAAUGGAGAUCGUUUCUCUCAAAUUCCAAGUUCAGGCUUAUAGGCACAAAUUGUUGAGUAUCGGUUUUCCGGAUCUCGAUGUUGGAGAAAUGGGAUUUUUAGAAAACAGGUUUCUUCACAACAAGGAUGUUUACUCAGAUAAUGUGAUCGUUCAUGGAACUGUGAGAAGGUACACAUCUCUGCCUGCAAUGAGAUCUAGAGGCUUGAAUCGUGAGAAGUGGGGCUUUGAAAGAAGGCCUUCAUUUUCACUGAGGCGAGAAAAUGACAAUGGCAUGGGCUGUAAGUUUGAUGUCCGAUGUGUAACUGGAUCCUCCUUUAAUCAUGAAAAUUCCAGUCGGGCUUAUGAACCGUUGCAAAAUGUGUCUGAAGAAUCUGUGAUUGAAGACUGCAUUUCUCCUUCAGAAGAAAUUGUGAAAGAUCCAUCAUUGCACAACAAACCCAUUGAUGGAGAAAACCAAUUAGAAUGUGUUUCAGAAAAUAAGGAGCCUCAAGCGACGAUAUCGGCAAAUACCCUGUGUUUGGGGAUUGGACUGAUGUCUUGUUCACAUGGGCCAUUCUACAAUUUAACAGGAGGAAGAAUUAUUAAAUUGGACAGUGAAGGUUCUUGCUUGUGUUCACAUUCUCAAGCUGAAGAUCUGUUGAAUUUUUCAGACUUUGAUGUGAACAUGGAUAGUGAAGUAAAUGGAAAUUCAAUCCAGUCCAUAAGCAUUCAAGAUAUCUUUGAAAUCCCACAAAACCAUGAAUGUUGUGAAUUUCUUAAACCAAAGAAGGAAGUCAUGCAAAAGUUGAUAUUGGAAGCUGAGAAUCGGCUUGGGAUGCAGGAUUUAGCAUUGAAGGGAACUCUGGAAUACUAUUUCGAAGAUGAAAAGCAGCAGACGAAGAAGGCGUUGAUAUGUGCACCUCAUCUCAGCGAAUUGUGUAUGAAACGAAAUGGGAUUACAGUAGAUUGGGCUCUUGUGGAUUCUGGAAUUAUGCUUUCUCCAUCUCAAGUUGAAUUUCAGCAGCUCAAUAAACGGUUGCAGCUACUCGAGGACGACAGCCAGAUUCUGAAGCAGGAAGCUUCCGAUAGACGGAAUGAAGAAUUGAAGUUGUUGGGGAAGAUAUGUGAACAGCUCCAAUCGAUAGAAUUCCAGAUAAGAAGUAAAGAAGCUAAAAAGAGGUCUUUAAUGGAUGACUUUGCAAUGGCCUCUGUCAUGAAUGCAAUGCUACGUUAUAUGCUUUAGAUGAUGGAAAUAGUUACUAUAUCAGUCAGCAGCCAUUGACCUCCACACAUCAUGAAUUUUCAGAUAUGAUUCUAUCUCCGCCAUGCUUCUCGACUAAUCAGAAAUUGUGGAAGGGCUCUUUCGGUUUGUGUUGCAUAGCAGGCGAAUCGAUUGUUGUAUUAGAUUUUGUAUCUCUGAGAUGAAAUAUGUACAACGUGUGAAUUCCUUACUGUAGAUUGGUUUUUGUAUCUUUCUGGUGCAAAAUAUAUACCGUGAAUGUAAACUACAUACUUUAGAAAGUAAACUUGUAAUUGUGUAUUCCUGUUACCGAAAUGUUGGGAGAUUUAUAUUGGAUUCAUGAUUGAAACAUUCUUUUACAUCAA